AUGUUGCGACUAGACAAAAAAGUGGCCCUGAUCACCGGGCUCGGCCAAACCAGCGAUGACGGCUGGGGCAUCGGAGCCGCGAUCGCGAUGAAGCUCUCCCAACAAGGAGCCAUUAUCUUCGGGGGCAAUCGCACACUGACAGCUGCCGAGCGAACCAAAGCCCGAAUCGAAGCCGAAGGUGGAAUCUGCCAUGUGCAGCAGACAGAAGUCACCGAUUCCGCCUCCGUCAAGGCGCUGGUGGAUGGCUGCGUGGAACGCCACGGCCGUAUUGACAUCCUCGUGAACAAUGUGGGAAAGUCAGAGCCCGGAUGCCCUGCCACGAUGGAAGAGGAGAUCUGGGAUCAACAGAUGGACAUCAAUCUGAAGAGCGUCUAUUUGACGAGCCACUAUGUCCUCCCUAUCAUGGAAAAGCAAGAGAGCGGUGGUGUCGUGGCCAACGUCUCGAGUAUUGCGGGUCUGCGCUAUAUCGGGAAACCUCAGGUCGCUUAUUCCGCCGCUAAAGCUGCCAUCAUGCAGUUUACCAAGGCCACGGCGGUGAUAUAUGCCGAUAGACGGGUCAGGUUGAAUACCGUUGUUCCGGGGCUGAUCUACACCCCGUACACCCGUGAGCUAGUGAAGCGGUACGCACCGGGAGGGGAUCAAGAUACGUACAUGAAGAUGCGCGAUGAGCAGGUUCCAAUGGAAAAGAUGGGGGACGCGUGGGAUGUUGCGAAUGCGACGUUGUUUCUUGUGGCGGAUGAGUCUCGCUACAUCACGGGCCAGGAGCUGGUGGUGGAUGGUGGGAUUACGUCUUCGACGGAGAGGGUGUAG